UUUCAAGAUAACCUCGAAAUCAAACUGCCCGGGCUUCCAACAUCACACUGCAUGCAAUUGGGCCCGCCAUGAUCCGGCAUCCGCUAAACUCGGCAGUCGGCCGCGCCAGGCCAGACCUGAACCGAGUCGCCGACGGCAUCGCCGCCUCCCUGCGGCAAUUCUCCGUCUCCGCGCGCCGGAGCAGCGCCGAAGAUGAUAACGAUGACGAUUACUCGCAGCGACAUUCCAGCCGACAGCGUUCCAUAGCCGCCGUAAACGAGCUCAUCGCGACGGUCGAUAGCGGUAUUAAUUUUGGCGCAUCGAGGCCAGCCCAGAAUACUACAACAACAACAGCAACAACAACAGCGAAUCCCCCGCCUCCUGCCCGAAGCCAGGGCCCCAAUAUUAUCACCUUGAAGAAUAUACCCCGCGGCUUCAACGGUAUAACGAGGACUCCGUCUGGCGGGCCGAAUAUUAUUAGGACCGAUAGCUUGCCGUCUCGCGGCGGCUUUAACAGCAUAGGGAGGACCGGUGCCCCCGCCGGCAUGCCACUUCGACUCGGUGCAAAUGGCGGUCCGAAUAUCAUACGAGGCGGUUUCCGCGGUCGCGGCGGAGGCGGCAGCUUCCCGUCCGGCGGCGGGUCUCCACGGUUUGGGCCACCACGACAGGGAGGUCCGGGCGGCGGAUCCCCACGAUUCGGGCCUCCACGAGGUGGUGGAAACCGACGCCCAGACGACCGACCACAACGAGCACGCCGAGCACGCGGAUCCCGUCGACAAAAAAGCGACGACGACGAGAGAGGCGUCAAGCGACAGGAAGAGCAACAGGCGAAAGACGAAGAGAUAGACACCCCCGCCGUCAAAGCGUACCUCGAAGGCAAAGAAACCGGCAAGACCAUGGCCUUCAACCCCAGCCUCUCUCUCGCCUCGCUCGCCGGCUGGGGCCCCGCGGUAGCCACGUCCUCUUCGCCCUUCGGCCAAGGCGAGACGGUGCUGCGGCAAGCGCGCAUCCUGGGCGGCGGCCAGGCCUUCCACCCGCAGCACCUAGAGCAGCCGCUGUCGCUGCACCUGGCGUGGCGGGACGGCAACGGCGCCUUCGUGCCGCCGUCGCGCGAGGCGCGCCUGUGGAAGAAGCAGGUCCUCAAGGACAGGCCGUUCGAGGCCCCGGCCGAGGUCAAGACGGCGGUGCUGGAGGACGCGCUGCUGGGCAGGUAUGGCGAGGGGCCCAAGUAUGCGGAUCCCGAGGACACGAUUGGUACGUUGCGCAGCUACGUCCGGAGAGAUGGCACGUGGAAUGCGCACGCGCAGAGGAGUAUUGAGGCCAAGGUUCGGAGUCUGCUGGGACAGUCUGGUGGACAGCCGGCUGGUAGUGGUGCUGCGAAGCCAGAGGCCAAGGCUUGAUUCACCUAGCAUUUAGCAUUUCCCUCUACGCUGUUCCGGUGGGAAAUUAGGAAUUCGGAUGCAUGUAUGUAUGAUUCAAGGUCUUUAGAUUCGGGCUCCGAGCAUAAAAUGUACCGUUACCACGCGACGCAUGUAACAAUAGCAGGUAGUCUAUAAUACAUCUGUGCUAUACGACUAUGCAUACCUCUACCGAUCAAGCCGG